AUGGUAGCAGAAGACAUCAUGGUAGGCCCCACCACCACGGUUUCCCACCACAGUGGGCUCCAUCACCAAGGUGAGCCUUACUACCAUAAAGAUUCCUACACGUAUGGUGGCCCUCACCAUCACAGUGAGGCCCAUCACCAUGGUAGGCACCAUCAUCAUGAAGCCCACCACCACAGAGGGCCUCUUCAUCAUGGAGAGCCCUCUUCCCACCAUUCCUAUGUGGACGCCUACCAUGAUCGCUCGAUACCUCAUUUCUAUGACGACUACAGGAACCACAGUGAACACCACCGUGGCCACCAUGGCCACCAUGGCCACCAUGGCGAGCACCAUCACAGGGAGCACCACCACGGCGAGCACCACCAUAGUGUGCAUCGUUAUGAUUAUCUCCAUGGUGAUCACCGCUACAGGGAGUACCAUCAUGGUAGCUCCCAAGUCUUUGGCCCACACAAGUCUCAUAGUGUGGCCAGAGCCUCCUUUGGCUCUUCCUUUUCUGAUUCAGUAGCCCUCCAACCUAGCACGGUACAGGCACAGCGCUCAGCCUUUAGCUUGACUCGUUCCCACAGUGCAGUGCGCUCACAUGCAUCCCAGGGGUCCAGCAAAGUCCAUCCUCAGGAUUCCUCCUCUAAAACUUCCUCGGAAAGCUGGGCAGAAGAAGAUGAGCAAUUUCAGAAGCGCAAAACCACCAGAGCUCAGCGGGCCCACAAGAGGCUGCACACUGUGGACCUCUUCUAUAGGUUGUGGGAAAAAUUAAGCUACCUCAUUAAGGGCCUCCGGAGAAUGCUUAGGAACCUGACUCAGUCCCUGCCCUUUGAAGCCUUCAUCUUCCUCGUUGUCUGCCUCAACACUACCAUGCUUGUGGCACAGACCUUCGCUGAAGUUGAGAUCCGGGGUGAGUGGUUCUUCAUGGCCUUGGACUCCAUUUUCCUCUGCAUCUACGUGGUGGAAGCUGCGCUCAAGAUCACUGCUCUGGGCUUAAAGUAUUUUUCUGACUCCUGGAACAAUCUGGACUUCUUCAUCAUGAUCAUGGCUAUGCUGGACUUCAUGCUCUUACAGUACAACUCCUCCUCCUUCGUCUACCACCAAAGCGUCUUCCGGAUCUUCAAGGUUUUCAAGAGUUUGCGGGCCCUGAGGGCCAUCCGGGUCCUCCGGAGGCUCAGCUUCUUGACCAGCCUCCAGGAAGUGACCGGGACUCUGGCGCGGUCCUUGCCGUCCAUCACCGCCAUCCUCAUCCUCAUGUUUACCUGCCUCUUCCUCUUCUCUGUGGUGCUCCGGGCUCUGUUCCGUCAUUCUGACCCCAAGCGCUUCCAGAGCAUCCUCUCCACCAUCUUCACCCUCUUCACCAUGCUCACCCUGGAUGACUGGUCCCUCAUCUACCUGGACAGCCGGGCCCAGGGCGCCUGGUACAUCAUCCCCAUUCUCAUGAUUUACAUCAUCAUCCAAUACUUCAUCUUCCUCAACCUGGUGAUUGCUGUCCUGGUGGAUAACUUCCAGAUGGCUCUGCUCAAGGGCCUGGAGAAAGUAAAGCAGGAGAGGGCCGCCCGGAUCCAUGAGAAGCUACUGGAUGACCCACUGACCGAACUCAGCAAAUCAGACCCUGAAGAGGUGGUGAGUGAACACACCAAACAGAAGCAGCUCAUCGAGAAAAAAUUUGGGACUAUGACUGAGAAGCAGCGGGAACUCCUUUUCCACUUCCUGCAGCUGGUGGCCAGCGUGGAGCAUCAUCAACAGAAAUUCCGCUCCCAGGCGUCCGUUCUUGAUGAGAUUGUGGACGCUGCGUUUGAGGCUGGAGAAGAGGACUUCAGGAAGUGA